AACCACAAACGACAAGGAAGGAUUCUACCAAAGCGAUAGAACAAUAUCACUGACGGCGCUAGAGUUGCUGUGGUCGUGAGACAGGCAAGCUAAAAAUAUAAUCAGAUGAAGUCAUACACAAACGCGUACAGGAGAAAUCAGAAGAACGCCAAGUUCAAAUUGUGAGCAAAAAAAAAAAUAUUCAUAUGAACUUUUGCUGUUGAGUGUGGUGUUUUGGAGUGGCAAAGUUUUUCGCACAGCGAUUCGUGGGAAUCCCCGUUUGCAGAGUUUGGACGUGAAGAAACUUUCUGAUAGAGAUUUUGCCAUCAUCGUGUAGUGCACAUCCGGGUAGGAUAAUUCGCCAUUGGAAAAGAGCCUGAUUCGUUCGACGCCAACGUAGAGAGGGGACAAAUUUUAUAAUGAGCAAGCAACAAGCUCCACCGCCAUCCUACGGUUUUGUGGUGCCACCACCAUCGGCUCCACCCAGCUACGCACAAGCCGUGGGAGGCGUUCCACCUGCCAGUCCCUUCAUACCGAACGCUCCACAGCAGAAUGGGCCAACAAUUAUUACCACCGUCGUCCCGGUCGGACCGGCAUCCACACACAUGAUCUGUCCCAGCUGCCAUGCCGAAAUCAAUUCCCAGACCACAACCUCGCCGGGUCUGAUUGCAUACGUUUCCGGUUUUCUUAUCGCACUCUUCGGCUGCUGGCUUGGUUGCUGUCUGAUUCCGUGCUGCAUCGACGAAUGUAUGGACGUACAUCAUACCUGCCCGCACUGCAAGGCCUAUCUCGGACGGCAUCGGCGAUAAACGACGGAUGGUCGAAUUCCACA